CCCACUUGGAGGGCGGCGCGGUUAAUCGAGAAGCAAAAUCCAAAGGUGAUUGGCCAAAAGGAGAUUUGCUCCGCCCCAAUCACCGAGACAGCUGGAGGCAGCUGGAGGGCCCUCCCGGCCGGAGGGUUUAAAGAGCGCCUCUGAGGGUACCACUCAGCUGGAGCGACCGAUCGGUGCCAGGCCAGGUGUACGCGUCCGUCGGUCUUUCCGUGCCGUGCCGGAGACCAGCCCCGGAGGCCGCCUGGGCCCGUCCCUGCGCCCGGCACCAUGAAGCAGGAGUCCGCAGCCCAGAGCAACCCACCUCCCUCACUGUCCCCUGCACCAUCCGCGCAGCCCUCCUGGGAGGAUGGCGACCCCCAAGCCCUGUGGAUUUUCGGGUACGGCUCCCUAGUAUGGAAGCCGGACUUUGCCUACAGCGACAGCCGUGUGGGCUUUGUACGGGGCUAUAGCCGCCGGUUCUGGCAGGGAGACACUUUCCACAGGGGCAACGACAAGAUGCCUGGCCGAGUGGUGACUCUCCUUGAAGAUCGUGAGGGCUGCACUUGGGGCGUGGCGUACCAGGUUCAAGGGGAGCAGGUGAACGAGGCCCUGAAGUAUCUGAAUGUGCGAGAAGCAGUCCUCGGAGGCUAUGACACUAAGGAAGUCACCUUCUAUCCUCAGGAUGCCCCUGACCAACCCCUCACAGCACUGGCCUAUGUGGCCACCCCACAGAACCCUGGCUACCUGGGCCCUGCUCCAGAGGAGGUCAUUGCCACACAGAUUCUUGCCUGCCGGGGCUUCUCUGGCCACAACCUGGAGUACUUACUGCGUUUGGCCGACUUCAUGCAGCUCUGUGGGCCUCAGGCCCAGGACGAGCACCUGGAAGCCAUUGUGGACGCUGUAGGAACAAUGCUGCCCUGCUCUUACCUCACCGAGCAGGCUCUGGCACUGGUUUGAGAAGCCGAGCCCCCUGCAGGCAGUGUCCGUGAGGACGCUGAUAAACAGCAACUGUGUAGUACUUGAGACAGACUUGCUGGAGCUCGAGAAACUUGAGAAGGCAUGGUGGGCGAUUGGGGACUUUUUGUCUUAUGCCCCUGCCUGCCUGUCUGCUAGCCCCCGCCUCUCUUGAUGGACGCUGACUUACUACUUGAAAAUAUUUAUUGCACCAUGUUGGUGUGGUGGGCGGGGCAGGUGGGGGACCUGCCCUGGACACGGGCCCUGCUGUGCGGUGGCUCUGCCCUCGUCCUCUGGUGCCUGACCAGAAUCCCCCCAUUGCUGCUGCUAAUUCCGUACCACCCAGGCCUCCACACCCUCCAGGGACCCUCCAAGAGCCUUGAUCCUCUGUCUGUCCAGACUAACUCUCCCCAGCCCUGGAAAUAUCAUCUGCCCAUGUUCCCAGCCUGCUGGGUGAAGGGCAGCAGAGAGUGAGGAGCGGUAGCCCUUCAAGGACCAAGGUCCAGUAUCCCUCUUCACCCCCUGGGGCCCAGGGCAGCACUGGAACGUAUGUACACACACAGCUGCUGGGACUCGGUCUCUUUCCCCUUUCAGUUUCAUUUCCCUAUCCUUCUGUCUGUCCUCUUGUCUGUCUGGAUCACCCCUGUAGACCUACCUGUCGCACUCUAUUCCUGGGAAACAUCACUACAGGUCCCUUGUCAGUCUGUCCCACACUAUUAUCCAUAAACAAUCUUUAAUUACCUUUGCCAGAA